AAGUGAGAGGCAGAUUCAACCAGGGUGAUAAGUGUCAACACGCCACGUGGAAUAGGAUACGCUCAUUUAUAUCGCUGAGGCCCCACCAUUUAUAUAACCCAUUAACCCCAACACUGACUCACAGCAAUAACAGCCACUAGAAACAGAUUACAUCGACUCACCACAAACAAACAAAAACCCUGCCGAGUUGCAGCGAGUGAGCGACCGAGUGAUGAACACCCUACCGAGUUCGUCCUCCAAGAUCGUCGUCGACGAGUUCGUUGCUUCACCGAAAGAGUUGUUUCUUAAUAGACCCGAACCUCGUGUUUUACGGUCGCAUAAAGUUGCUGAUUUCGGGUUCUUUCAUUCGAUAUUUGUGCAACACAAGGCCAUACACCCGGUGGUUGCUCGUCUCUCAUCGGAAACCCAGGCAGGAUUGGUGAUUCAAGAAAUUGAUCCAUCAAAGAGUGUUCAUGUCAAAUUCCAGUUACAGAAAGAAUGCAUGUUUGGUGAGCAAUUUCUCAUGGUGGGGGAUGAUACUAUGUUUGGCUUAUGGGACCCUUCAAGUGCGAUACCAUUGAAUUGGUCAGAUGGGCACGUAUGGACUGUGGAGCUGGAUAUUCCUAUUGGAAAAGCAAUCCAUUUCAAGUUCAUACUAAAAGGAAGUAGUGGAAACAUCUGGUGGCAACCUGGCCCAGAUCGAAUUUUUCAGACAUGGGAAACUAGGAAUACAAUUACUGUUUGUGAAGAUUGGGACAAUGCUUAACUUCAGAAAAUAAUAGAGGAAGAAAAAUUUGCUGAUCAGAAUGAACAACCAACGGUUGACUCAGAAAUGUUGAUUGUUGCUGAGAACUUGACUCGUCCAAAGGAGGAAUUGGAAUCAGCCAUUGCUGACAUCAAUACUUCUCCUGCAGAAAUAUCGAUUGCGGAACCACAGAAGGAACAAAUUGUUGCUGAUAACAUUGCUCCUUCACCAGAGAAUCCCAAAGCUAUUGUUGCAGAUAAUAUAAGUUAUUUUGAGGAGGACCCCAACAUGAAUGCUAGUAGCAAAGUGUUCAGUGAAACGAUAAUUACUGAUCCGAAGGAGGAAUUUGCGGCUAUCCCAUACAAGAGUGCAGUAAUAGCAGAGGACAUUCUUGGAAGUAAUGACAGACCUCCAACAGUCAAAAAUCCGAUAAGCACAGACAUUGAGGGAAACCUGAUUAACCAUGUAGGAGGCCCUGUACUGGUUCCUGGCUUGACUCCAUUGUCAAGAGUGGCAGCUGAAGAAGCAAGUCAAGAUGAAAGUGAGAAAAGAUUUGCAGAAGAUGCCUCUGCUGCAACCCAUGAAGCUAAGAAUCAUGACAUGCAAGAAGCAAACCAAGAUGAAAGUGAGCAAAGAAUUGCAGUCGAUGGCCCUUUGGGAGCCUAUAAAGCUGAGGAUCACAUAGUGCCAGAGUUGGAGGAGAAGCAAGAACAGGAUGGUGACCACUCACAUCAACUAGCGCCUGGAGAAAUUUUCAAUGAUGAGGAAGAACAGCUUGUUAAUGGAUUUGAACAAAAGCUUCAUGUACCAAAAAGAGAAGAGCAGCCUCACCCAGACCCAAUCGACAAUAAGGUCUUGCAAAGAGACAUUCAAUGGGGCCGCAACACCCUGCAGAAGCUUCUAACUAGUUUAGGAUUGCUUUAGCAUCAACUUCUAAUGCCCUGCCAUUUAGGAUUGCUUUGGUUUGUUUACAUUGCAGUGUGUACAAAUCAACUUUGUUGCCUCAGCCUGAUAUUGAUUGUAUUCUAUUGUGUGAAGAGUGCUAAGGUUUUGAAUUUCCCUUACAAUUCUGUAAAUUUUUUUGGAAGUCUAGUUAAUAAUGGUUAUUGUAAUUAUGCUAUGCAGUGAAAAAGCAGAUAAACUUUUGACCAAAUCACAUGCCUGAGAGAAUAUUGAGUUGGAAAUUGUUGCAACUAGAAUGUAAUGACAGGUUAUGUGAAGACUGAUCUCUAUGUGGAGCCUAUGAGAGGUCUGCUGGAGUCUCAGACCGUUUCUAUAUUGACCUUUUGGGUC